CAGGGACAACAGAACUGCUCUCAGCCAAUCAGAAAGCAGACUUCCAGACUGGAUAAUACAAUGCACAAGUCUAAACCGCAUUGGGGUUGGUUGAAAUGGGACACGAUGUACUAACUGCCUCGUUACAAGAGAGGUUUUGGAUUGAGAAGGUGCUCUGCGGCCAUCAGGGGCAGGAGUUCCUCGGUCUCCCGCUGGAAAGACGCAGCGCUCUGAAGAGAUGGAAAAAGCAGAAUUAAAGCCUUCUGUUCCGAAGUUCGACAGGGUUCCCUGGCCUAGCGAGGCCAGCCUCCUGAACAAGCCUUUAGUGCUCAGCAUCCCAGGAAGAUCACCACGUUCCCUGGGCGCUUUUCUGCCUGCAUCCAGGAAGGACGGGGACCUAUCAGCUGUGUUUCGUGUUCCAGAUGUCUUAUCAAAGGACAGGAAGACCCAGAUGCUACUCCAAACCAAGCCAUUGUGUUCUGCCUGUCAAGAAAUACACACGAUGCAAUCAAGACCCGUGAGAAUCCCAGACGGCCUCGCAGUGUCCUUCAAGAAUGUUGGGAAUCACAGAACAAUGAAUCUUCAUCAAUCCCCAACAGCGGCCUGUUCUAAACCUUCCCAUGAUGCCAUACCAACAGAGAGCCUUCAUUACAGGCUGCCCAUGCUGGGACCCAGGACAGCCGUCUUCCACAGACUUCUCUCAGCUACCUACCAAGCUUUGCAGAACGUGCAGCAACCUUCUUUACUCAGAAAGGAACCAACAGUCAAGACAGUGAGGGUGAACUGCUCAGACAGAAAGCGGCCUCAUCCGGCCCACCUCUGAUGCCAGCACGGCCUCCUCUGAUAUCCCCAGCUUUGGAAUUCUUGCCACUAGCUUCUCACUCAUGUCUCCUGAGGACAAAAUGGAGUCAUUUACAUGAUUAAAGUACAAUACAUUUAGUUUGUUAAAGUAUU